AUGCAUCUCCGCCCCGACCACACAGUCCGCGAUCUCCCAACUUUACACUCUUUUAUCCGCGCCCAUCCUCUCGGUGUGCUCACUACUUCAUUGCCGUCAGAGAACUUUCCUACUUUGCAAUGUAGUCAUAUACCCUGGGUAUUGGAUGUGGAAACAGAGACGGGGACUGAAACGUGUGAAACGCCUGAAGCCUUCAAUGGCAAUGACAGCACUACUGCGUCCUCCCUGGGUAUCCUUCGGGGCCAUAUUGCCCGCGCAAAUCCCCAAACAGCCGCUAUGAUCGAAGCCGUCACGGACGCCCGUCCCGCUAACACUAGCACUGGAGAAUCCAACCCCAAUCCCAACUUAGUCGGGUCUGCAGAUCAAACCCAAGCCCAGCACCAAAACAGGGAGUACGUUCUUCCGGGUGAAGUCCUGAUUAUCUUCGCCAGCCCUGUCGAUCAUUAUAUCUCGCCGCAUUUUUACACAGCGGCGAAAUCUGCUGCUGCUGCUGCUUCUGCGGGGAAAGCUAAAAUCGCGCCGACGUGGAAUUACGCUGCUGUACAGGUUUAUGGGCACAGUUAUCUGAUUUGGCGGUUUUGGGGGGAGGAGGGUGUUAUGGGUUUCUCCAAUGCCAAUGCCGGUGCCAAUGGAGGUGGUGGUGAGAGUGAGGGUGGCGGGCAGAGUCCCUGGAAACUUUCCGAUGCCCCUGAAAACUACAUCACUCUUUUAAAGAAGAAUAUCGUUGGUAUACAGGUGGAGAUCACCCGUGUGGAGGGUCGAUUCAAGGUUAGUCAGGAGAAGGGUGUUGGUGAUCGGGGUGGAGUUGUGGAUGGAUUGGAGAAAAUUGGUGGGGGGAGGGCGAGAAGGAUGGCGGAGUUUGUGAGGAAGGGGCGUGUUGUAUAG